AGGAAAAUAAACAAUCAUGGAGUGGUCAAGAAGAAUUUUAUUUUCUGUAAUGUGUUUGGGUUUUGUAAGUUGUUUCUCUGCAUUGGCUACAAACGUUUCUUAUGAUGGAAGAGCAAUCAAAAUUAAUGGAGAAAGAAGGGUUUUCUUAUCUGGUUCAAUUCACUACCCACGUAGUACUGAAGAGAUGUGGCCAGAAUUGAUUAGAAAAGCAAAAGAAGGUGGUCUUGAUACCAUUGAAACUUAUGUCUUUUGGAACAUUCAUGAGCCUAUUCGUCGCCAGUAUGAUUUCACAGGCAACAAAGACAUUAUUCGAUUCCUCAAAACUGUCCAAGAUGCUGGACUCUACGCUGUUCUUCGGAUUGGACCUUAUGUUUGUGCUGAAUGGAAUUAUGGAGGAUUUCCUGUUUGGUUGCAUAACAUGCCGGGAAUUGAAUUGAGGACAAUGAAUACUGUGUAUACGAAUGAGAUGCAAAACUUCACCACCUUGAUAGUGGAUAUGGUAAAGAAAGAAAAGCUCUUUGCAUCACAAGGAGGACCAGUGAUCAUUGCUCAGAUUGAGAAUGAAUAUGGUAACAUGAUCUCAAAUUAUGGAGAUGCUGGAAAACAGUACCUUAAUUGGUGUGCUAAUAUGGCUGAAUCCCUUAAUAUUGGUGUCCCAUGGAUUAUGUGUCAACAAAGUGAUGCUCCUCCACCUAUGAUCAACACUUGUAAUGGUUGGUACUGUGAUGAUUUCACUCCAACCAACCCUAAUACUCCUAAGAUGUGGACUGAGAAUUGGACUGGCUGGUUUAAGAAUUGGGGAGGUAAAGACCCACACAGGACUGCUGAGGAUCUCUCUUAUUCAGUUGCAAGGUUCUUUCAAACAGGUGGUACUUUCCAAAAUUACUAUAUGUACCACGGCGGCACUAACUUCGGCAGGGUGGCUGGUGGUCCAUAUAUCACCACCACUUAUGAUUAUGAUGCACCCCUUGAUGAAUUUGGAAAUCUGAAUCAACCCAAAUGGGGACAUCUUAAGGAGCUACAUCUUCUCCUUAAAUCAAUGGAGAAAGUUCUCACCUAUGGAGAUGUGAAUACUAUUGUCUUCGGAAAUUCUGUCAAUGCAACUGUGUACAACACAAGUGAAACAUCUAGCUGCUUCAUUGGCAAUGCCAAUCAGACCAGUGAUGCCACUAUUACUUUCCAAGGAACUCAAUAUACAAUCCCUGCAUGGUCUGUUAGUAUCCUACCAGACUGCAAAAAGGAAGUCUAUAACACUGCCAAGGUUAAUGUUCAAACUUCCAUAAUGGUCAAGAAGCCAAAUGGAGCAGAAGAUGAACCCAGCAGCCUCAGCUGGGAAUGGAGACCUGAAGAUGUUAGGGAUACUACCCUUCAAGGAAAGGGUACCUUUGCUGUCAACCAACUCUUGGAGCAAAAGCAGGCCACUAAUGAUGCUACUGAUUACCUCUGGUACAUGACCACUGUGAACAUUGAUAAACAAGAUCCCAUCUUUGGUCUUGACACAACCCUAAAAGUGAACACUACAGGCCAUGUACUCCAUGCCUUUGUCAAUGGAAAGCAUGUUGGAUCUCAAUGGGCUAAAAUUGGAGGGUCUAAUUUUGUGUUUGAGCAGAAGGUCAAGGUUAAUUCUGGUAAGAAUUUGAUUGUAUUGUUGAGUGCCACAGUUGGGUUGAAGAACUAUGGUCCCUUCUUUGAUACUGCGCCGACCGGAAUUUUGGGAGCUGUUGAGUUGGUUGCAAAGAUUCAGAACGAUGAGACGAUAAUCAAGAACUUGUCAUCAUACAAGUGGACUUACAAGGUGGGUUUGAAUGGAGAGGAGAGGCAGCUCUAUGAUGUCCAAUCCCAUAAGAAAUGGUACACUGAGGAUCUUCCAAUCAACAGGAUGAUGACUUGGUACAAGACUAGCUUCAAAGCUCCAUUAGGAACAGAACCAGUUGUGGUGGACUUGCAAGGUUUGGGUAAGGGUCAUGCUUGGGUGAAUGGACAAAGCAUUGGUAGAUACUGGCCAAGCUUCCUUGCUGAUGAAGAUGGCUGCAGCAUUGACUCUCAAUGUGACUACCGUGGUCCCUAUAGUGACAGCAAGUGUGUGACAAAUUGUGGGAAACCUUCUCAAAGGUAUUAUCAUGUACCACGCUCCUUCCUACAUGAUGAUGAGAACACGUUGGUCUUGUUUGAUGAAAUUGGAGGGAACCCUUCAUUUAUAAAUUUCAAAACCAUCACUGUUGGGUCAGCUUGUGGGAAUGUUCAUGAAGGGAAGACAUUGGAGCUGUCUUGCCAAGGUGGUAGAACCAUCUCUGAGAUAAGGUUUGCGAGCUUUGGUGAUGCUCAAGGCACAUGUGGAGCCUUUGAGAAAGGUACUUGUGAGGCAUCAAUUGCUUUGUCAGUCAUCAAGCAAGCUUGUGUUGGGAAGGAGAGUUGUACCAUUGAUGCUUCAGAAGCAAAUCUGGGCUCUAGCAACUGCGGCAGUGGUAUCACCAAGAGACUUGCUGUGGAAGCCAUCUGUUAAUUAAGAAGUUCUCUAUUUUUUUUC